CAUGACGUGAGAUCCCUAAUUAUAGGCCUUACUAAGAACGAGUUGGUGGAGUGUUCCCUACUGGUUUUGAAAGAGAUUUUGGCUUCAUAUCUCCGCUUAAAGACUGUUUUCUUACCUUUUUAAGUAGUGAGAUAAUCAGCAGAUCAAAAUGUGGAAGAUUUUUGGAGGAAAAAGUAAAGAGCAACCGCCAACAACUCAAGAGGCAAUUCAGAAGUUACGGUCCACAGAGGAAAUGUUGACGAAAAAAAGUGAAUUUUUAGAAAAGAAAAUCGACGGAGAAGUACAAACAGCUAGGAAAUUUGCUUCAAAAAAUAAGAGAGCUGCUCUGAUGGCAUUAAAGAGGAAGAAACGACUCGAAAAACAACUUCAGCAAAUCGAUGGAACGUUGUCUACGAUUGAGUUUCAAAGAGAGGCGCUGGAGAACGCUAACACUAACACUGAAGUGCUUAAAAAUAUGUCGUAUGCUGCAAAAGCAUUGAAAUCUGCUCAUCAACAACUUGAUGUUGACGAUGUGCAUGAAAUGAUGGAUGACAUUCAAGAACAGACAGAACUGGCAGAUGAAAUAUCUAGAGCCAUAUCAGAACCAGCAGGCUUUGGAAUGGACGUUGACGAGGAUGAAUUACUGAAUGAACUUGAAGAACUUGAACAAGAGGGACUGGAUGAACAGUUGCUAGAGGUUGCUGGAACAAGUAGUCUGCCAGCAGUUCCUGAGACAGAACUACCAGCUGCCCCAGCCAAAGCCAAGACUAAAGCAGCAGCAGAAGAAGAUGAUUUAAGAGACCUUGAGGCAUGGGCCUCUUAGAUUCAAUUGAUCAUUUAAACUUUUUUCAUGUUUAGUCUAGGACAGUCUUGUAAUCAACCCCUGCCAAAAACAACAUACUGUUUGAGUUGUGGCCUCUUAGGACAGUCAGUUAUUUCCUUAAUCUUUUUCAGUUUGAGCACUAAAUAUUUAAAGCUCUUGAAAUACAAUUCCUGGUAUGGAUAUAGCAUGGUCAAAGUCAAUAUUCAAUAAAAUCCUCAGUACAGUGAAUACUCUGUAACAAGGAACAGGUCAAAACUUGGUGAGGUAUACCGAGAAAGGUCACUGAUGUUAAAAUAUUGUGGAUCAAUAUAUGAAAUGUAAAUUUUUGCCACCCAUUAGUAAAAAUGGGUUGAUACCAUUCUUCAAGUUGAUGGGAGAACAAGCAUGUUUCUGAUUUUUUUAUUUGAUAUCAAUAAUGAUUUUGAUGGUGAGACAUUUGUGAUCUGUUUAACUAAAUGUGAGGUUUCUUCCUCUAUAAAUGUUAAUUGUUAUUCAGUACUAUGUUCUUGACUCAACAACACUGAUAAACAGAAUAGAAACUGACCAUUAUUCAGUGCCCUUUAACUACACUGGCCUCCACACAUGAAUGUACUCUUUACCUUUAUGUGAUGAGAAGAAGAAUGCAAGCUUAGAAGGAGAUAAAGAGUGGCUAGAACAAUGAUUAGGAGUAUCAGUCCAUCCUUAUCCACUAGUGCACUGGAAUAAACUACUGCUAGUUAUGUUUUAAAUUAUUCUUAAUUCCUGUAUCAACUAUUACUUUAAGGCUGUCCACAUACUCAUACAUGUGGUAAUGUUACACCUGUGGGAAUGGAGGUGUACAUCAGUUUUAAAGAGAAACAAUUGUGAGGUUUUUUAGUUAGGGUGAGAAGAUGGUAUGAACCCAAAUUAAAUCAUAAUUUUACUUUACUAGGCAGUCUCUUAAGUUGAUUAUUCCAAAGAAAUUGUCCUGUGCAACAUGUACAGGAAACUUUUAGGUUGGUAUUUUCUUCCAUAAUUUCUUCAAUAACAACAUCUGAUUUUGUUGACUUAAAAUGACAGCUGCAUCAUUUGAUGCAAGUUUGUCUUAUUUUGAAAACUUCUCCCUGAGAAAGUGGCAGGAAUCUGGAUAUUAAGUUUAAUUACAACAAAGUAAAGUGCCAAGUGGGAUGUUAAAGUUGUGGAUAAUUGACGUUGUGAGGGUGUGGAGUUUCUUUAAAGUUUGUAUUCUGGCCAAAAAUACUUACAUGCUUGAUGCCAAAACAAACAAACAAUUUACCAGACAAAUAUUGGGGAAAGUUUACUGAAAAUAAAUAACAUUUUAUUCAACAAGCUCUGAGACUUAAAUAACAAACAUUACUUAAUUUAUCAAGUAGGCAGUAAUUAAUUCCUAGGCCUAAAGUGUGUACCAUCAUUCUAUCAAAUACCAAAAUGCUAAAAAAAGAUGUUAGGCACAUAAAGCAAAGUCUGAUUGCCUUACCCCUUAAACUUGUAUGAGUGACUGACAUUUAAUUUUCCCAUCAUUAUCACCCCUGAUUUAAAUUUUAAGGUCAUUGUCAUAUGCCAGCUAAUGAAUAUCUUUAGAAUAUAUUCUUAAGAAUUUACAUAU